UUAUAAUAUAAUAUCUUUACAAUUUACUUCCUUACUUCCUUAUUUAGGUAAAUAUUUUUAAAAACAUUUUAACAUAAUUAAUAAGACGCCUAUUCAAACACCAAAUGAAAUUAUAUAUUAAUAUUUUCUGAUAUCGAAUGGAACUAAGUCCCGAGUGUUAAAGCCGAGAGAUAGUAUAAUAUUAAGGUCCUAUAACUUAAAGCUGCUUUCGUCGUUACCAUGAUCAUUCACAUUCACAUUCACAUACAUACACGCCUAACGCACCUAGGUCUGAUAAUCAGUCUUCUGUCUCCCGCCAUUCUUCAUGCGAUGUUACCGAAUCUAAACCGGGUGGCACUGACUUUGACCCCAACGGCAACGAACCUGUCCUGCUUCCUCUUCGAACCCUAUAGCAUUCCGGAGAAUGUGCUUUACCUAGUAUUUUUUUUCUUCUUCUCCUGUGGAGUCUUAGUAAAUAAAUCAUACCUUAUUUGACCGCUUCCUAUUCUUAUUCGUUACUCGUCAUCCGAGACAAAAUACUCUCUUCUCUCUUGAUGCCACCAACGGCCCCCCUUUAACGUUGCACGGGGCUUUUCUCAAAAGGUGCCAAUUGGACUAUGCCAUUCACUACGGUAUUUGUCACGUCUCGUCUCGAAGCUACGAUAUGAUAGGUGUAGCACUUUUCGGCCCGCAAAAAAAAGUAUCGUUGUGUUCGUCUCUGUAUGUUACUGGCGUAUCGAUGCGAUAUGGGGAUGAAUGGGGAAAACAUAUGGUUACCUAUACCCUAUACCUUGAUAUGAUUAUCCUAACCCACGUAAUAUUAAGCUGCCCUCUACAUAAGGUAAGAGACCAAAAUAGCACACACGCAGGUGUGAAGCAGGUUUGGUAAAUGUAGCUAGGAUGUAGAAGACGCCGUGCGAUUGGGGGGAUCUGAGUAGUUCAAAAGGGAACCUCGAUCUUGUAGAAGUCCACGAGCGGCACAGCAAAAGAGAAAAAAAAA